AUCUACUCAGGAUUUUGUCAUUUCCGCCAAGUCAGGCGCAAGCCAACUGCAGACUGAUGAUGGGUUCAGUUUUACUCGAAGAACACGCCUAAAGCCUGGCCUCCCGGUCUAGCUCAUAGUACAGAUUCAGCGGCACAGGACGUACUUCCGGAUAUGGGUGGUUGCGUUCUGCACUGAAGUUAGCAGCUCGGUGGUUAGCAAUGAAAUAGCAAAGUGCUUUAACGUUAUAUUUUAUGGAUACGUUGUUGCAAUAGAUCAGUGAUGCCACAUUUAGAUAGCUACCUCAUUAGCUAGCUAGCUUUCUGGCAGAAGUUCACGACCAAGUUUCCGUUAACAUCUCGCACUACAUUUUGUAUAGCUAGCUUACCCAGCUGACUUGCCUAUCACAUCGGUUAAAAUCAGAUCUGAAUUUACAUCAACGGGAAUGAAUCGCUUAUGACCAAGUGAAAUCUGCCGUAACCGUCUUAACCUACGUAGCAUCAUGUCUGUCGUCGUAGCAACAAAACCGGUUUUGGCUAUGGUGGUGCUGCUGGCUUCUGUAUGUUGGGUGGGUUGUACUAGUAGGAUGAAAGAUUCGCAGGAUUCUGAAACACAGGAAGAUGGGCAGGAAUUCGCCACGCUGCGCUCCAUGCUGGCGGAUUUCGAGGUGCUGCCGGUGUCCAGCCUGGUUCAGCACUCCAUCAGCAAGCGGGACGUCCAGACGCAGUCCCACGCCGAGCACCUGCUCAGUUUCACCGCCCUCAGCAGAUAUUUUAAACUUUAUUUAGUGACAAAUACGGAGCUGUUCACCAGAGACUUUGAGGCAGUUGUUGUGGACAGCCAAGGAGAGAAGCGUUAUGAAGUGCAGACACAGAACUUCUUCACUGGACAUGUUGUAGGGGAUGAGCACUCACGUGUGCAGGCCCAUAUCGACGGAGAUGACUUCUCCGCCCACAUCUUGACUCGUGAGGCUGAGUACAACAUAGAGCCACUGUGGAGGUUCACAGAGGCGCCCUCUGGUGGCAGGCUCCUGGUAUAUCGCUCUCAGGACAUUAGGAAUAUCUCACGGCUGGCAUCGCCCAAGGUGUGCGGAUACCUGGACAUCAACGCUCAGGAGCUGCUGCCAGAGGGGGCGCUAGACUCUGCAGAGGAGGACGACAAACAGCCAGAGCCCCCCCACCGAGGAAAGCGCCAGGCUCACGACCACAGGAAGAACACCUGUCCUCUGCUGCUGGUGGCGGACUACCGCUUCUUCCAGCACAUGGGCCGCGGAGAGGAGAGCAUCACCCUCAACUACCUGAUUGAGCUGAUGGACAGGGUGGAUGACAUCUACAGGAAUACGUCAUGGGAUGAGGAGUAUAAAGGAUAUGGAGUCCAAAUCCAACAGAUCAUCAUUAAUAAAGAGCCCACCCUGGUGCCUGAAGGGGGUGCCCACUUCAACAUGCUGGGGAGUCCCAUCGUGGGCAAGGAGGUGUGGGAUGUGAAAAGGCUUCUGGAGCAAUUCAGCUCGGACAUCGCUUACAACGCCUCCACCGUGUGCCUGGCGCACCUGUUCACCUACCAGGACUUUGACGAGGGGACCCUGGGCCUGGCCUACGUCGCCCCCUCAAAGGCCCACUCCAUGGGGGGUCUCUGUCCCAAAGUGUACUAUCCCCCAGGGUCCCCCAAGAAGCCCAGCUACUUGAACACUGGAUUAACCAGCACUAGGAAUUAUGGGAAAACAAUUCUAACCAAGGAAGCAGAUUUGGUGACCACGCAUGAGUUGGGCCACAACUUCGGAGCUGAACAUGACCCUGACAACGUCCCCUACUGUGCACCCAGUGACGACCACGGCGGGAAAUACGUCAUGUACCCCAUUGCAGUGAGCGGAGACCGCGCUAACAACAAGCGCUUCUCUAACUGCAGUAAGAUUUCCAUCGGGAAGACGCUGCGCCACAAGGCACCCAUGUGCUUCCGGGAGAGGAACAGCCGGGUGUGCGGGAACUCGCGGGUGGAGGAGGGCGAGGAGUGCGACCCGGGACUGCUGCACCUGAACGACAACCCCUGCUGCACCUCCACCUGCAAGUUCAAGCCCCACGCUCAGUGCAGCGAUAGGAACAGCCCUUGCUGCCGGAACUGCACCUUCGAGGGCACGAAGAAGCGAUGCCAGGAGGCCAUCAAUGCCACCUGCAAAGGCACGUCCCACUGCACAGGUAACAGCAGUCAAUGCCCGCCCCCAGUCAACGCCCCCAACGGCACAAUCUGCGUGGACAUGGGCCGUUGCCAGGACGGCGAGUGCAUCCCCUUCUGCGAGGCUGUGGAGAAGCUCAGGUCCUGCGCCUGCAACGAAACGGACGACUCCUGCAAAGUGUGCUGCAGAAACGCCGACGGAAUCUGCACCCCAUUCAGGAAGCGCACGGGGGACUUCCUCUUCCUGCGGAAGGGCAAGCCCUGCACCGUGGGCUUCUGUGACGAGUCUGGGAAGUGUAUGAAGCAGGUCCAGGAUGUGGUUGAGAGGCUGUGGGACUUCAUUGAUAAGCUGGACAUAAACACGUUUGGAAAGUUCCUGGCAGAUAACAUCGUAGGCUCCGUCAUUGUGUUCUCUCUCUUGUUCUGGAUCCCUCUCAGCAUCCUGGUGCACUGUGUGGAUAAGAGUCUGGACAAGCAGUACGAGCAGAAUACCAAGCCUCAGUUCUUCCCCAGUAUGUUGGAGGAGCGUAGUAGACCUCUAGCAACAGACCGUGGAAAUGCUGAGCAGUGUGGAGUCCGCAUCCGUGCGCAUCAUCAGGUCGCCCCUGGCCGCGCCGUCGGCCGCCGCCGCCGCCCACAUUCAGUCCUUUUACCCGCCCCCGGACCCCGCCUCGUCCCCCACCGGCCCACGCACGGCACCGUACCCCACCGGCCCUCACCUGGCCCCCAUCCAGGAAGACCCCAGCAACGGCCCAAAUCUUUCCCAGGACCCCUUCCCCCCCAGCGGCACCGCCACAGCAUCCUACGAGGACCUGACAGAGCACCGCCCCCAAUGCAGCCACAGGCCCCGCCCCUUCCACCCGCACAGACAGAACCGCACUGACAGCGAGGAGACCGCGUGCUGAGCGCUGACUGACCGCUCUCAAACACACACACACACACACACACAUAUACUCACACAGACACACACACUUUACACAUACACUCACACAGACACACACUCACAUUUUACACAUAGACUCACACUGACACUCACAGUAUACAUACUCUACCCACUCAGAGGAGUGGGUUUAGCAUCACAAUACAGAAUAAUGAUAGAGUCUCCUCUGGAAUCAGCAGUGAUCUUAAGGCUGACCUCAAAACCCUUUCUGAAACACACAUGAACACACACAGACUCAGGGCACAGUGCUUUACCAAUCGCGCAGCUGUGGUGUAGGCUAUUUGGUCUGUAUCGCAGCUUCUUGAAGCCUCAGUCUUCACUUGAAGGGUUCAAGAAAAAUCAACCAAUCAACAUUCACACUUACCUAAAAAGUUAUAUGUACACUCCAGCCUUGGGGACUCCUAAUCUGCUUUUGUCACUAAGUAAACUAAUUAAUUACUUGAAUGGGAUGGAACUUUAUCAGGAAAUGCGCUGUUGAUUCAGCGAAAGAACAUUUACAGCCCCUUAGCCACAGGGAGCCGAAACUGUUCUGUAAUGUGUGGCAUGGGUGUCGAGCUGCAUCACCACUGAAAGCCAAAAGCUAAUCACUAAGCCAAAGCUCAGGCCUGCUUCCCCCUGGGUUCUAGAGUUCACUGCGGACUCCAUAUCCCCACAGUGGCUGUGCUCUGGAGUGACUUUAGCUGUCCCAGCACGGAGCUUUCAUUUUGUGUUCCUGCUCAGUUUGGCUCGUUAUAAUUUCAAAUGCAUCUACAGCACUUCCUGGCUGUCGACUCCCCUGAUUGGCUAAGGGUGAGAGGCUAAACACUGGGCUGGUUACCAGGAUGACAGCACAGUUCAGGGGCUGUUGCAAACAGAAUUGUUUUUGUAGUAAUUUAAUAUUUUUUUAUAAAGUAUAUACAUAUCUAAAUGUGUAUGCACAUUUUUCCUUGUAAUGCCUAAUGCGGUCUCAUGCAGGCAUUCUGUGUGGACUCUGAACGUUCCAAAGCUAUUUUACACGAGUAACUCUCAGUAAACUUGCUUGCUCAAUAUUAGUGCAAGUGCGAUGAGAAGAAAGCCAUAUAGACGGGCAUAUUUUAAGGAAAUAUUCACAGCACAGUGAACACCGUAGUAAUUAUCAACUACUGAUGUUUCAGUCGGCUGGGCUCUGUUGCAGUGUGAACCCAGUGACACACAAGCGGUUAACAAAUAUCUUUAGUGUACUGCAUGACACAAUGGCACAAGUUUAAAUUUAAACCAAAAGUCAAACUGAAGAAUGUCACUCAAACCCAUAGGUUAGGAGGAGAGAGUGACAACAAUCAUCUAUAAAUGGGUUUCUGCUGCUCAGUCAGUACUUUGUGAGCUGUCUGUGAUUGUUCAGGUAAUUUGUCUGACAAUGCCUUUAGUUGCGGUGAAUAGUGCCUUUCCGUAAUUCAGCCGAAAUGUUGUAUUAAUGUUGUGAAACCGACUCUUCGUGUCGACAGCAACAGCAAACAAACGUGAGACGCAUCAGUAUCGCUGUUAGCACAUAUGUAAAGCACUUCUGCACAGCUAAAAUGGCAGUGUUCUGUAUCAGUGGGUGUAUCUCUUUUACCUGCUUGUUGCAAACACUAUUCAGUAUCUAAUACAAGUUGCACUUAUCUCAGCAA